AUAAAAACUGGUAUCUUCUAUUUCAAGAUGUUUCGUCUGCACAAAUUUUAUCGUCCAGCAAUUUUAAAGCAGUUAAAAAUUGCUAAAACAAAAGAUUCGUUAUAUUAUGGAGCUAGUAGUUAUCACAGCAACAGCGGGGUGUAUGGAUAUCGACCAACGCUUGAAACCAACAAGGUGGAAUUGAAAAAUGCAGAACUACAAAACCAAAUUAAUCACAGCAACAUAUAUAGGCUUAUACAAGCCUACCGGGCCCAUGGGCAUUAUAAAGCGCCUGUUGAUCCACUCGGAUUGAAAACCCCAAUUGAUCGUGAAGAACUUAUGCCAGAAAAAUAUGGCUUGGAGAAUAGCACUGAAUCCAUUAUGACAAAUGGCCUCCUAUAUAGUGGUAAAGAUCAGAUGACUGUUCAAGAGAUUAUAAAUCAAUUAGAAGAUAUUUAUUGCAAUCGUAAUGUUUCUAUAGAAUUGGAGCAUUUAUCAUGUCCUACUGAAAGGGAAUGGCUUGCAAAAAAAUUUGAAGAAUCAACCAACUUCCAGUUAUCUCAAGAAGAGAAAGUAAAAUUUGCCAAACUGAUGUUAAAAUCUGAAGCUUUUGAUCAUUUUUUGGCUACAAAAUUUAAUACUGUUAAAAGAUACGGAGCAGAAGGUGGAGAAAGUGCCAUAUGUUUCUAUGAUGAAUUGUUCAAUUUAGCCGCUAAUAAUGGAUUGGAUGAUGUUGUAAUCUGCAUGGCUCAUAGAGGACGCUUGAAUCUAUUAGCUUGUUUACUAGAAUAUCCAGCAGUUUCUAUGUUUAGAAAGAUGAAUGGGAUGAGAGAGUUUCCCGAUGACGUGAACGGUGAUGGAGACGUUUUAUCCCAUCUAACAAGCUCUAUUGACUUGAAGUACGGUGAUAGUUCUAUCCAUUGUUCAAUGGUUCCUAAUCCAUCCCAUUUGGAAGCUGUUAAUCCUGUUGCAAUGGGAAAAACACGAGCAAAAGAACAAUCGAACGCUGUCGGGGAUUAUAGCAAUGAUCCAUCUAGUAGAUUAGGUGACUCAGCAUUAUGUCUACAAAUACACGGGGACGCCGCUUUUGUAGGUCAGGGUAUUGUAUUUGAGUCGUUGGCUUUAUCGAAUACGCCUCACUUUCGAAUUGGCGGUAGCGUUCAUUUUAUCAUAAACAAUCAGAUUGGUUUUACAACAGAACCAAACAGAGGAAGGUCAAGUUCCUAUAGCAGUUGUAUUGCAAAAAUGAAUGGCUAUCCUGUUCUUCAUGUAAACUCUGAUUCUCCAUCAGAAUCACAAAAUGUGUGCAGUAGAGACGAACUCGAUAAAGAAGUUGCCGAAUGGAAUAAGACUUUGUCUGAGAAUCACGAUCAAAUGGAGACUUACAUUCCAAAAGCAAAUCACUUGGAAAAAAAAUGGGCAAAUUUAGUUCAGCCAUCUAAUUCCUUGGACGUAUGGGAUACUGGCUUAGACCCUCAAUUGUUGAAAUUUAUUGGAGCUAGAUCUGUUGAAUAUCCAACGUCAAUUCAAGUCCACCCGACUUUGACAAAGCAACACAUAAGAAAAAGAAUAGAAAAAUUAACGGAAGGUAGAGGGCUUGAUUGGGCAACAGCUGAAGCGUUGGCGAUCGGUUCUAUCCUAUGUCAAGGAUUUAAUGUGAGAAUUUGCGGUCAAGAUGUCGGUCGAGGGACAUUCAGUCAUCGUCACGCGAUGCUUGUUGAUCAAGAAACGGAUGAAAUUUCUGUGCCAUUAAAUAAUAUAAUUGAAAAUCAGAAAGGAUUUUUAGAAAUUGCUAACAGUCUUUUGUCUGAGGAAGCUGUAUUGGCAUUUGAAUAUGGUAUGAGUAUUGAAAAUCCCAAUACUCUGCCUAUAUGGGAAGCUCAAUUUGGUGAUUUCUUUAAUGGGGCUCAAAUAAUUAUCGAUACUUUCAUUUCAAGUGGUGAAACUAAAUGGUUAUUACAAAGUGGACUAACAAUGCUUCUACCUCAUGGUCUUGAUGGUGCCGGACCGGAGCACUCAUCCUGUAGAUUAGAAAGAUUCUUACAAUUGUGCGAUAGUUCUGAUUCAAAAGUUGACGGUUCUAAUAUUAAUAUGCAUAUUGCAAAUCCGACAACACCAGCGCAAUAUUUUCAUUUAUUACGACGACAGAUGGUGAGAAAUUAUCGAAAACCAUUAAUUAUGGCAAGUCCAAAAAUAUUGCUACGAUAUCCGGAUGCUUCUUCAUCUUUGGAAGAAUUUGCUCCAGGAACGUCAUUUCAACCAGUUUUAAAAGAUACGCAGACAAUCGAUCCUAAAGCUAUUAAGAAAAUUGUGUUCGUUUGCGGUAAACACUUUUACGCUCUUGAUGCUGAGAGGAGUAAGCGCGGAAUUAAAGAUCUAGCAAUAAUAAGACUAGAGUUACGUUACGCUGGAAGAGACGUCUUGUGUAUGCCAGCAGUUGGUGUAGGCCAAGUACAUAAAAAACAAGUAGAAGCCAUUUUAGACGACACGUUUUCCUAA